AUCAUCGGGUGCCAGCUAGAAACACGUUGUUGUGCUGCUGAAGCCGCUAAAGCUCGGGACCUGCACUGGUGUAAGGAGGGGUAACUCACUUUCUCUGCUGUGUUGAUUUACUGUCGGGAGACUGAAGACACCAUGGCGGAUCUGACUGGCUUCAAUAUUGACGCCCCGCGCUGGGACCAGUCCACCUUCAUGGGACGUCUCAAACAUUUCUUCAACAUUACAGACUGCCGCACUGCCCUCCUGCCUGACUCCAAACUGGAUGAAGCCAAAGCCUUAGUAGAGAGCUGCAGAGCAGGGUCUACCCCUCCAGGUACCACUGUGGAACAGCUGCAUUAUGCCAAGAAGCUCUAUGACUCAGCAUUUCACCCUGACACUGGCGACAGGAUGAAUCUGAUCGGCAGAAUGUCUUUCCAAGUGCCUGGGGGCAUGGCCAUCACGGGCUUCAUGCUGCAAUUCUACAGGACAGUUCCUGCUGUGGUGUUUUGGCAGUGGGUUAAUCAGUCCUUCAACGCUCUGGUCAACUACACCAACCGCAAUGCGGCUUCUCCAAUCACACCAAAGCAGAUCGGUGUGGCUUAUGCAACAGCGACAAGCACUGCACUGGCCACUGCUGUGGGUCUGAACCUCUACACAAAGAAAGCUCCGCCUCUGGUGGCUCGCUGGGUGCCUUUUGUAGCCGUGGCUGCAGCUAACUGUGUAAACAUCCCCAUGAUGAGGCAACAGGAAAUCCUGAAUGGCAUUGCUGUAACAGAUGAAAAUGGCAAUAAGCUCGGCCACUCUAGGAAAGCUGCAGCAAAGGGCAUCACACAGGUGGUGAUUUCUCGAGUCACCAUGGCAGCGCCAGGCAUGAUUAUUCUUCCUAUUAUAAUGCAAAGACUAGAAAAAUACAGAUUUAUGCAGAAAAUUACAUUUCUCCAUGGACCAUUGCAAGUUAUGAUGGUUGGAGUAUUCCUGAUCUUCAUGGUGCCAGCGGCCUGUUCACUGUUUCCACAGCAAUGCUCUAUGGCUGUGUCCAAGCUGGAGCCAGAGCUCAGAGAGUCCAUCCUUUCCCAGUAUGGAGAGAAGGUCAAAUAUGUCUACUUCAACAAGGGCUUGUGAUGCUGGUUACACUAAUGCUUCUAGGGUUUGAGGGACUGCAUGAGGUGGACCAUAUGGAUCAUCAUAUUUUAUGCUUGUAUGCAGACAUGUGGUACAUAUUGCUGUUUUUUCUUAAUGAUUAACAAUUGAUUUUGACAAAAAUCUUGUAAGGAAAAAAAAAAUGAAUGGCUUCAAGUUUGGGCCUUCAGCCCUCUCUCCAAAGACCUCUAGACUGUCUAUCUUUAUUACUAACUAUGGCUGGGGAAAAAGCUGUAGAAAAAUAACUACCUUUCUCUGGUAAGAUGCAAGUUGUAACUGAAUAAAGUGUAAAGUGUGACUUCUA